AUGCCCUGUACCUACCCAACCGCUUGCUAUACCUCUCUUCCACCCAAAAGUCUUCAUACAGGAAUAUCCCUCACCAGGAUCCUAAUACUGUCAGUAGCUGUCCUGCUGUCCGCAGCAGCCCCUCCCAGCUGCCGUGAGUGUUAUCAGUCUUUCCGCUACAGAGGAAAGAUUCAACAAUCCUUUACUUACCAUACUCACAUAGCAAGAUCCUGUUAUGGAACCUUAAUCGAAGGAUGUGUUGAAUCAGGAAAGAGUUAUUAUAAAGUAAAGAAUCUAGGAGCAUCUGGCAGUCGUAAUGGGGCUGUAUGCCCCCAAGGGAAGCAGUGGCUUUGCUUCACCAAAAUUGGACAAUGGGGAGUAAACACUCAAGUACUCAAGGACAUAAAGAGAGAACAGAUUAUAGCCAAAGCCAAAGUCUCAAAACCAACAACUCCCCCUGAAAUCAGCCUAGUACUGUACACACACCACUAA